AGAAGACCCAGCUUCAAAUAGCCUUCAAAGCUGACCAUAACAUGAAAAUAUUAUUCCACAAGAUUGUACUGCAACAAUGACUGCGGAAUCCGAAGAAAAGGUAGAAACUCAAAUUGAAUCACAUGAUUUGCCAUAUAAAUUGUUGCAUAUGGCAAGGGUACUUGAAAAGUUAGUCACCAUUAAGAAUAAACCAAUGCUUAUACUGAAGCAACUUUUUAUGAAAGACUUGCCUGUUGACCAGUCAAAGAAAGGAUAUCCGGUAAUGAUUAAAUUGCAAGUACGUGACAAUAUAUCGGAAGAUGAAAGUGUGCUUUUAACAAAACGACAAUGUAUCGAAGAAAGUGCUGAAAAUACAUUGGAGAGCCAUGAUGUAGAUGAUCACCCAGUUCAGUUCAGUUUAGUUUCACCCAGACUCCAUUCCGAUUCUUCAAGAAAAUGACACUUGCGGACUUUAUUGAAGAAACAAGCACAGAGCUACGCACAAGAUAUCAAAUUACUAAAAUGUCAACAAGGUGAAAAAUAUACUGCAAGACCAAGAUAUUGACGUCUUUGGAAACAUAGCUGGCUCUAACUCCAACCUGCUGAAGCGGCUGAUUGGCAAAACUAAUAACAAACCAUUACCGAAAACCUAUUCUGCUCAACUUAAAGCCUUUACACUUCUCUACAUUACUAUUCUCUGCGAGUAUAUGAAUACGUGCGUGAUAAGUUUGAUACCAGCUUGCCGCAUCAUAAAACCCUAAGUAGAUGAUACUGAUCUGUCAAUGGCGAUCCAUGAUUUAAUAACGCGGCAUUUGAAUGUAUCAAACAGCGUGCAAAUAUAGUUUCUUAUCCACUACUAGGCACAUUAAUUUUCGCUGAAAUGUCAAUAAAACAACACAUUAGAUAUCAUGGCAAGAAAUUUUGUGGGUAUACAGAUAUGGCCAAGAUAUUGUGUGUGAGAUACAAACAAUUGCAAAAGAUGCCCUUUUAAUUUUAUUUGUUUGCAUGAAUGGUUCGUGGAAAAUCCCUGUUAGGGUAUUUCCUAAUUAAUGGCAUGAAUGUGGAGCAAAAAGCUAACCUCGUGUUACGAUGUUGUGAGUUGCUGCAUGAAGCUUACAUAUCAGUGAAUUGUUUGACAUUUGAUGGUGCACUUGUUAACAUUUCGAUGGCAAAAUUUCUAGGAUGCAAUUUAACAGAUCUCAAUUUUUCACAGCCACGAUUUCAGCAUCCAGUAACCAAGACAUCAGUUUACGUUUUCUUUGAUCCUUGUCAUAUGUUGAAACUUAUUCUGAACUCUCUUGGUGACUUAAAGUAUAUCAAAAAUGAAUCUGGUUCACUCAUUUCCUGGAAAUACAUUGAAAACUUGCACGAGCUACAAGAAAAGGAAGGCUUACAUCUGGAAAACAAAUUGACAAUCACAUGUCAAUUUUCACAAGCAGAAAAUGAAAGUUCGCCUUGCUAGUCAAGUAUUAAGCAAGUUUGUGGCUGAUGAUCUGGAAGUGUGCGAAAAGCAUUUACAAUUAACACAAUUUCAAAAUUGUGUGGCAACAUGCGAAUUCGUAAUUAUCCUCAAUGAUCUGUUUGAUAUAUUCAACUACAAAUCCAUCCGUGCCAAUGGUUUUAAAAAAGCUCUCAAUUGCGACAAUAUCCAAACUGUAACGCAAUAUUUUGACAAAGCCAAGCGAUAUAUAUCUCUAAUUUUGACCAGUUUGUAACAGCUUUGCAUUGCUCCACUAAAAAAAUACAUAUUGACGUCGUAACUAAUUCACAAACUGAAACUAUUGAUACCUUAUUGCCCGAAAAAUUUCGUCCCUUUACUGGUACAAUGAAAAUGCACCAAUACACUUGGAGUAAGGAAAACUCUGGCCUAAUACUAUUCAAUUCAUUAAGUUGUCUGGGAUAUCAACCUGGCAUCGUAUGUGAACAUUUCUCGAUGGGACAAAUAAACUACAGUGAUAAUCGAUUGCAGUUAGGUACUCCAAAAGGACAGAAAGCGUCAAAAAGAUCUCGGA